AUGAAGACACCAAAGCAAUACCAGACCAUGUCAUCAACCACCCCAACGUCCUCCACCCCGCCCGCCCCGCAAUCCUCCGCAUUACCCCCAACCCACCCCUUCAACACCACCUCCACCAACGCAACCACGCUCGCCGACCCGACAACCCAACUCCCACUCGUCACCGACGCCGUAACCCCAACGCGCAAACCUCUCCUCCGCCUCGAACUCCGCGACCUCUCCUCAAAUGGCACCCGCGCCUUCCUGCGCCUCACACACGCGUCGCACGCGCUCGAACACGCCGUCGCAACCGUGCUCACACACCUCUACAGCGGCCUCCCCAAAACAUGCAUACCAGGCACGCGUUCCGUAACCCUCAUCCUCCGCGAAAUGGACGGAGUCGCAUACACAACCGGCCUCGAUCUCGACGACGACCACAAGGAAAUCCACCUAAACACGUCUUACAUCUCGCACGUGCCUGAGUCGCGGCAGAAAGAAGAGAUACUGGGUGUGCUUGUGCAUGAAAUGGUGCAUUGCUGGCAGCAUAGUGGGUUUGGGAGUGCGCCGACGGGGUUAACAGAAGGUGUCGCGGAUUGGGUGAGGUUGAAGGCGGGGUUUGCGCCGCCGCAUUGGAAGAGGCAUGGGGAUUGCGAGUGGGAUGCUGGGUAUGAGCGGACGGGCUAUUUUCUGGAGUGGUUGGAGAAGGAGCAUGGGGAGGAUGUUGUUAGGAGGUUGAAUGAGGGGAUGAGGGAGAAGAAGUAUGAUGGGGAGGUGUUGUGGAAGGGGUGCUGCGGGAAGGGGGUUGAGGAGUUGUGGGAGGAGUAUAAGAAGAGUUUGGAGGGAGAUGAGUAG